AUGAGGAUUGAAAGGACCGGAGGCGUUUUCGGUUCGGAUCCAGACCAGCGGAAAGAGAAGACACAACACGAUAGAGGCGUAGAGGCCAAAGGAGACAUCAAGAACCAGACCAUCGAAGACGACCUCGUCAACAGCACCUCCGGGCCACGAGACCGCCACGGCCAAUACGCAUGGCAACCCUAUCCCCUCCGCCCCUUCAUCGAGCGCCUAGACUGGGUACUGGACAUAUUCUGCAACUUCCGGGGCAUGGGCUGGAACUGGCGCACAACCGCCCUCCCUCCACCCCCCAAACCCAUCCAGAUCCAACUCGACAGCAACUCCAAAUCCACCGUUCCAAAACACACCUACAAAACCCACGCGGGCCAAGUAGCACAAUUCACAAACCGGCGCACCCUCCUCCGGCAAAACACCUGGCGCCUACUCAAAGGCUACCUAGUACUCGACUUGCUAAAAACAACAAUGAUGUGGGAUCCCUAUUUCUGGGGCUUGACAAACAGAGCAGCACCACCACCGCACCUCCCCUCGUGGCUCACAAACAACCCCGUACUAACACACACAUACCACCUCCUCCUCAGCAUGCUCGCCGUAAAAUACGCCCUCCAAACCAUCUUCGCCCUCGGCCCCCUCUUCUUCAGCGGCCUCCUCUCCCCCUCUCUCCUCGGCGCCCGCGCUGAACCCUGGAUGUAUCCUGAGACGUGGGCGCCGUACAGCGUGGUCUUGGAUAAAGGGCUCGCGGGAUGGUGGGGCAGCUGGUGGCAUCAGACUUUCCGGUUUGCGUUCCAGGAACCUAGUCGCAAGGUUAUUGAGGGGUUGGGGUGGGAUAAGAGGGGGGUGGGCGCGAAGGCGUUGCAGCUUUUUGUAGCGUUUUUUCUGAGUGGCGUUGUGCAUGGGAGUGGGAGUUUUACUGCGACUGGGGAGACGAGGCCGGUGAGGGGGCCCAUGGCGUUUUUCUUGCUGCAGGCUGUGGGGAUCUUUGUUGAAGCGUGUUUGACGCAGGCUGCGAAGGGGGCUGGGCUGGGGAGGGAUCUGCCUAGUUGGUUGAAGCGAGGGUGGACGUUUCUGUACGUUCAUGUCUGGUUUUAUUAUACGGCUCAUCUUCUUUGCGACGACUUUGCUCAAGCGGGCGUUUGGCUCUUCGAACCUAUUCCUAUCUCUCUGUUCCGCGGACUGGGAUUCGGACCUGAUGCGAGAGAUGGGUGGUGGUGCUGGGGCGGACAGCUCGUACGCUGGCAUCGUGGCGAUACGUGGUGGACGACUGGUAUUGCGUUUUAG